AUUAAAAUGUUUCAAGGGUUUUUCUAAAUAGUUUUAGCUUUGUUUAUCUAUGAGAUUUAUCUCAGCAUGAAUAUUAAUGUUAAAAAUAGGAAGGAAACAAAGCCGUUUAAUAGCCUCACGUUCAGUUCAGUGACCACAGAGGAGAGGCAUCUGGACAAGAAAACACCCGUUCAAUCAGAGUCAGACAGUGAGAUGAGAACAGACACAACAAUGAGUUUAACAUCAGCAAGUGGAUUUAUCGUCUUCCUUCUCUCUUUCACAGUUGUUCAGGGUCAGAAUGAAUGGGGAGUGACUUACACUUCUACUCAGAUCUGUGCCUUAAAAGGAUCAACAGUCGACAUGAGCUGCACCUACACAUAUCCACAGUGGAUCGGAAGUCAUGUAACUACAGUUAAGGAAAGAUUCUGGUUUAUUAAUAGCGACAUUAACCCUGUAGAUCUGAAAACAAAGUCAGAGUACAAAGAUCGUGUUCAUUAUUCUUACUACUGGGGCGACUGUUCUUUGAGAAUCUCAGACCUGAGACAGAGCGACUCAGCUCAGUACCAGUUCAGGUUUAUAACAAACCAACCUGGUGGAAAUUAUACUGGUUCACCUGGAGUCACUCUGACUGUCACAGCACGUCCAGAUCUCCAGGUCCAUGUGACCAGAUCAUCAUCCUGCUGGAAUUCUAAUUGUGUCCAAGUAGAGCUGAGGUGUCACAGCAGCUGUCGUCUACCUGACAAUUACGAAUACACCUGGUUCAAGAACAGACAGAAGAUUUGGAGCGCAACAUUAUCUUCCUAUUCCACCUAUUUGUACUCUGAAGAUACCAUUUCCUGUGCUAUUAAAGGUUAUGAGAUGUUCUCCUCUCCUCCAGUGUGUGAGUUUACUCCACAGUCUUCCUCUAACAUGUCUCCAUCUAGUGGAGGUUUUUAUCUAAUGCAGUGUAACAUGACUGCAUGGAUUUCCAAAUCUUCUCCAGUUGCUCCAACGGUUCCUUUAGUGUCUUUCAGUUCCUCUGGUGAAAUCAUUGAGGGCAGUUCAGUGACUCUGACCUGUACCAGUGAUGCAAACCCACCUGUUACUAAAUACACCUGGUACAAGAGAGGAAAUAAUCAACUUCAGUCAAGAGGUGAAGGACAGCAGUUUGUCCUCAGCUCCAUCAACUCCUCUGACUCUGGAUCAUAUUCAUGUGUCGCUGAGAACAGUCUGGGGUUGAAGAUGUCAGAAUACGUCUAUAUUGAUGUGAAAUAUCCUCCCAGACUUCCCUCUGUGUCCGUGAGUCUGUCUGGUCAGAUAGUGGAGGGCAGUUCAGUGACUCUGACCUGUACCAGUGAUGUAAACCCACCUGUUACUAAAUACACCUGGUACAAGGAGGAUGAAGACUCACCAAAAGCAUCAGGACAGAACUUCACCAUCACUGAUAUCAGAUCUGAACACAGUGGGAAUUAUUACUGUGAAGCCCAGAACAGCAGAGGACGACAGAACUCCACCUCACAUCUGAUUGUUGUAUCAUCCAAAUGGAAAUCAGUAGCAGCUGGAGUGACUGUUGCCAUUGUCCUUCCCAUAAUCCUCAUCUCUGUCUUCCUAUUAGUCAGAAGAAUGAGGGCUUUGAAAACAUCAUCUGAACCUGAAGACAGAGCGGACAACAGCCAACAGUGUCCACCUAAUCACAGACACCCAGAGGAGCAGGACAACCUUCAUUACGCCACCGUCAACUUCUCUCAGAAAAGGGAGGAUCCAGUUUACUCCAACACUGGACCAGCUCGGUGCCCAAGACACAAGAAGGAACCAACAUUUCCUGAGUACUCUGUUGUCACAUUUCAUAACAACAGCAAAGAGCAGAGAGACAGAGUUGAGGAAACUGCAGAGGAUUCAGCUGUAUUGUACAGCACAGUCAACAAAACCAAAGGACCAAGGACCUCGGCUCCAAAGUGAAAUGUGUAAUACCACUCAUGGCCACUAGAGGCUGCUCCUAAGAGCCUUGUCUCCCAUGGACUCACACUGAACUUCUCUCCAAACUUUUGAAGUCAUUUUUUUCUAGGAGUGGUUUUUCUCACUGUUAU